GCGAUCUUUCACCCACAGCAUGACUGCUCCUCCGACUACGAUGCGCGCACUUGUCUACAGCGCAUACGGCGCCGCCUCGUCGGUCCUCAGCCUCAAGGAGAUCGCGGUGCCAUCGCUCCAGCCUGGCCACGUCCUCGUCAAAAUCGGUGCCUUUGGGCUCAACGCGGCCGACAAGAUCCUCCUCGCCGGUACGCCAUUCCCCGUGCGCUUAGCUCUCGGUGGCCUCUUCCGCCCCCGCGCCGACUCGGUGCUUGGCGCCGAUUUUGCUGGCACGAUCGAAGCGCUCGGCGAUGGCGUCACCACGUACAAGGUUGGCGACGAAGUGUACGGCGAGGUCAACUUCACGACAGGCGCCGGCGCGUUCGCCGAGUACGUGUGUGUCCCCGCCGACAGCGCGAUGGCCCUCAAGCCCAAGCGUCUCUCGUUCGCCCAAGCCGCGGCCAUGCCGAUCUCGGGCCAAACAGCGUUUCUUGGACUUCGCGAUGGGCUCCAGCUCCAGGCCGGCCAGCGUAUCCUCAUCAACGGUGCGUCCGGUGGCGUCGGCACCUUUGCCGUGCAGAUCGCAAAGGCGCUGGGAGGUCAUGUGACGGCGGUGUGCAGCACGGGCAACGUAGCCAUGGUGCGCGAGCUCGGUGCGGAUGACGUCAUCGACUACACCACCGACGACUUUGUCACGAAAUCGACAACGCUCUACGACGCAAUCUUUGACGUCAUGGGCAACCGCUCGAUGCGCGACUUUCGGCGCCUCUUGGUGCCCCGCGGUACGUACUUGUCCGUGGGCGGGGACCCCGCAACAUUCUUCUCGCGCACGAUGUGCCUUCUCGCGUCCAAAGCGAUUGCGUCGCAGUCGCUGCGGCUUUGCUUCUCGGCACCGUCCCAUGCGCUGCUGACGGACCUCGCGCAACUCGUUGACCAAGGACUCGUGACGCCCUACAUUGAAAAGGAGUACGACCUGUCCGACGGCGUCGCGGCCAUUGUCGAAGCCCACGAGAAGCACGCCAAAGGCAAGCGCGUCGUCAAGAUCACACCAGUGUCCACAUAAGCGCUUAACAUAAAAUGCAUUAUUUGGAUAUUCCUUGAGAGUC